AUGAAAUACGGUAUCUAUAUAAAAGAUAUGUGGCUGCUUCUUUCUAUGGUUUCUUUUUUGAUAUGCGCGAUUGUUGCCAGUACAAAUAAUGACGAUUCUACUGUAGCAGAUGUAAUGGGAUUGGAAAAUGAAAAUAACGAUAUAACAACUGAGAUUCAUACCGGAAGACUUUCGAAAGAUACAUGGAAAACAUGGAAAAAGGAAUCGUUCAAAGAAAGGAGAAGUGGAAAAGAAAUUAAUCCAAAUAUUUUUUUAACAGAAAAUGGAGAAAUUAUAGAAACGUGGCUUGAUUUACCUACAGAAGAUAAAAGGUUUAAAAAAGUUUCACAAGAAAAAAAUCCUUGGCUUUAUUAUUGGGAAAAUAAAAGAUUGAAUUAUAAACCGAACGUCUCUAAUCGUAGACGCGGAGUAUUUGAUAGAUGGGGUGGAAAACGAGGAAAAAGAUGUGCUCAAUUAGAUAUUGAUUCACAAACUAAACGAACAAAAAUUAUGAACGAUGUAUCUUUGAAUGAAUUUAAACAAACAGCAAAUACCAAAAAAUUUCAUUGGAUACCAUUUAACAGUUGGGGUGGAAAAAGAACAGAAAAAUCAAACAAUCGAGAAUUAUUUUUAAUAUUCUCAAGAAAUCCUAAUAAUUUACGCAACUUGGAUAUUAUCAAAGAUGGAUUUAUUGUAGAAAGAAAUAGCGGAAAAAUUGAUGAAGAAAAUCUUGCGGUUCAAAUGAAAAAUUUGUUAUCUACUGUGUAUAAGAAUUCAAUCGGGAAACGCAAUCCUUUUCUUUAUUCGAUACCUUUGCGUCUAUCUAAUAGAAUAAGUGAAGGAAAGUAUACGAUAGAAGAUGAAAUUACCAAGAAUUGGCCAUUAUCAACACCCGAGAAAAAAGCCGAACAACGCAAAAAAACAAAAUUCAAUCCUUGGGGUGGAAAAAGAAAUUUUGAAAUAUAAGAAUAUUUUUUGAAAUGGAUACUUCACAGUGCCUAUUUUUUAAAGAGUAAUAAAAAUUUUUUUCUUUUGAGUAAAUAUAAAUAAUUGGAAACUCAUUAUUUUAU